AGAAUGCAUAACCCUGCAAAGGGUUUUAAACGUUCGAUUUGUUUGGUUUCUUUUAUGCUUAUUAUAAACAUUGGUGUUACUAGAGCAACUAUAUGUUACCAAUCGGGGGAUUUCACAAGUAAUAGCACUUAUGAGAAGAAUAGGAAUCUGAUCCUCUCAUCUCUUGCUUCUAAUGUCACUCUACGUGAAGGGUUUUUUCAUAAUGCAAGUAUUGGCCUGGAGCCUGGCAAAGUUUAUGCUCUUGUGCAUUGUAGAGGAGAUUCUUCUGCAGAGCAGUGUGCUAAUUGUGUAAGUUCUGCAGCUAAAGAUAUUGUGAAUACAUGUUUGGACCAGAAAGAAGCAGUUGCUUGGGGAGGGAGUCCUCAAUGCAUUGUACGCUAUUCGAACCUCUUGAUUUUCGGAGAAAUGGAGGAGGAACCUAUGGGUGCUGGAAGCAUGAGAAUAAUAUGGCGGUGAACAUGACUCAUUUUGAUCAGACUUGGGAGAGUUUGAUGAAUCAGUUGUUGAGAAAAGCUUCUACAUGUAAGUUUGC